AAUGGGUGUAGGUUAGAGUACGCUUGAUUGAUCAAUUCUGGACUUUGACCCUGCAGCCUUCUCUCACUUUAACACCUCAAGAGAAGAAACUCAGACACACACAACAGCAUUACAGAAUGAUUAACACGAAGUACGGACACCUCGGUGACUUCAGGGCGUUGGUCAUCAUGCAACACUCUCUGGUCCUCUUUAUUUUGACAUAUUCUUGUGGAGGUCAUUCUCAGGUGAUUGGUUCGUCUCAGCCAAUAGUGGCAAUAGUUGGUGAUGAUGUAAUUUUGCCUUGUCAACUUGAGCCUGCUGUGGAUGCUCGUGAAAUAACAGUGGAGUGGGCAAGACCUGACCUGAACCCCAAGUAUGUCUUCUUAUGGCGAGACGGCACAGAGCUUCAACGGGACAAACAUCCGAUGUACAAGGGGAGAACAUCACUGUCUGAAGAUAAACUGAGGUGUGGAGACAUUUCACUGAAACUCACCGAGGUGAAACUCUCUGAUUCAGGAGCAUACAGAUGCCUUGUUCUUUCAACCAAAAAAGAAUAUGUAAUUAAGCUGACUGCAGGUUCUGUAUCUUUACCGACCGUGAGCAUUUCCAAAGCCAGCAGUGGAGUGGAUCUUCAGUGUAAAUCUGAAGGCUGGUAUCCAGAGCCUGAGGUGUUGUGGCUGGACGGUGAGGGAAACCUCCUCUCUGCUGGAUCUACAGAGACCAUCAGAGGUCCCAAUGAUCUCUAUACUGUCAGCAGCAGAGUGACUGUGGAGAGGAGACACAACAACAUGUUCACCUGUAGAGUCACACAGAACAACAUCAACCAGACCAGAGAGGCACUCAUACAUGUUUCAGAUGAGCUCUUCAUGGUCCAGUCUAGUUCUAUUGUCCGCAUCACCAUCUGUGUCAUUGUGUGCUUCGUGUCGAUCGUUGCAGUUGUUCUUGUUGUGAGGAAAUGUGGACAAAACAAGAAAAGCAAGAAGCACCAUGAGGGUGAGACUGACCUGGGAAAAAGAAAAAUGUUCAGACAUGACAUUGAACAUCAGCUUCUGUUGGAGAAAGAAGGAGACGGAGAUCAACCCAUGACUGGAAAUGAGAAGAUGAAGUUAUUAGAUAAUAUAAAGGCUAAACAAGAUGAGAAGUUAGAGAAGAAAGAGAGAGAACUGGAACUUGUACAACAUGUGAUUACAACACUGACGGAGCAGAAGGAGGAUCUGAAUAUACUGAAAGAUAAACUCACCUCACUACAGCAGGAAGACAUGGUACUGAUAGAGAAGAAACAGAUGAAAGUGGAAGACAGUUACAGAGACAAAACAAAGAAGAAACAUGAAAAGGCUAAAGAAUAUCUGGAGAAGAGAAAGACAGUACAUGAUGAACUGUUAAAGAACACAGAGACACAGCUGGAGUCAACAGAUGCUUUGAUUAACAGAAUGACUGAGAGGAAAGGGAAACUAGAGAAUGAUAAGGAACAAAUCAUAAAGGACCUCAAAGAAACAAAGAGGAAGAGAGAAGAGCUUCAGAGAAAGAGAGAAGAGGUUCAGAAACAGAUUCAGAGAGAUGAGAUUCAGAGAAGAGAGAUUCAGAGAGAAGAGAUUCAGAGAGAAGAGAUUCAGAGAGAAGAGAUUCAGAGAGACGAGAUUCAGAGAGAAGAGAUUCAGAGAGAAGAGAUUCAGAGAGAACAGAUUCAGAGAGACGAGAUUCAGAGAGAAGAGAUUCAGAGAGAAGAGAUUUUAUCAUACGUUAACACAUUUACACGGAGGUCGAACGUCCAUUUGAUCUUCUCUUCAAUUGUGGAGGCUUCUUUUCUUGUUCGGGAGAAAAGGGAUCAGCAGCCUUCUCUCACUUUAACACCUGAAGAGAGGAAACUCGGACACACACAACAGGUCUCCAGGAUGUGUCACAUGACAUUCUUCAUCACUUUCCUGCUUCUGCUACCACAAAGAUGUAAAGGUCUCCUUGAAGUAAUCGGUUCACCUCAACCAAUACUGGCAAUUGUUGGUGAUGACAUCAUUUUGCCAUGUCACCUAAGACCUGCCAUGGAUGUUGCUUCUAAGACUAUAGAGUGGACGAGACCAGACCUGAAACCAAGAUUUGUACAUGUGUGGCGUUCUGGUCAAGAACUACUAGAUGCCCAACAUCCAUCCUAUGAGGGAAGAACAUCACUGUUUAUCAAUGAACUGAAGAAUGGAAAUGUUUCCCUGAAACUCUCCAAGGUGAGACUGUCUGACAAGGGGAAAUACAGAUGCUUCCUUCCCAUGUCUGAUAGUCACUCUACUGUCGAGCUCGUCUUAGGUUCUGCAUCCUCACUGACCGUGAGCAUUUCCAAAGCCAGCAGUGGAGUGGAUCUUCAGUGUAAAUCUGAAGGCUGGUAUCCAGAGCCUGAGGUGUUGUGGCUGGACGGUGAGGGAAACCUCCUCUCUGCUGGAUCUACAGAGAUCAUCAGAGGUCCCAAUGAUCUCUAUACUGUCAGCAGCAGAGUGACUGUGGAGAGGAGACACAACAACAUGUUCACCUGUAGAGUCACACAGAACAACAUCAACCAGACCAGAGAGACACUCAUACAUGUUUCAGAUGAGCUCUUCAUGGUCCAGUCUAGUUCUAUUGUCCGCAUCACCAUCUGUGUCAUUGUGUGCUUCGUGUCGAUCGUUGCAGUUGUUCUUGUUGUGAGGAAAUGUGGACAAAACAAGAAAAGCAAGAAGCACCAUGAGGGUGAGACUGACCUGGGAGAAAGAAAAAUGUUCAGACAUGACAUUGAACAUCAGCUUCUGUUGGAGAAAGAAGGAGACGGAGAUCAACCCAUGACUGGAAAUGAGAAGAUGGAGUUAUUAGAUAAUAUAAAGGCUAAACAAGAUGAGAAGUUAGAGAAGAAAGAGAGAGAACUGGAACUUGUACAACAGGUGAUUACAACACUGACGGAGCAGAAGAAGGAUCUGAAGAUACUGAGAACUCAAAUCAUCUCACUACAGCAGGAAGACAUGGUACUGAUAGAGAAGAACAAGAAGAUGCUGUAUGACACUUAUGCUGUAUAUGGAAACACAAAGAAGAAACUUCAAAAGACCAUAAAGGAUCUGGAAAAGAGAAAGACAAUACAUGAUGACAUGUUGAAGAACACAGAGAAACAACUGGAGUCAACAGAUGCUUUGAUUAACAGAAUGACUGAGAGGAAAGGGAAACUAGAGAAUGAUAAGGAACAAAUCAUAAAGGACCUCAAAGAAACAGAGAGAAGAGGUUCAGGAACAGAUUCAGAGAGAAGAGGUUCAGAGAGAAGAGGUUCAGAGAGAAGAGGUUCAGGAACAGAGAGAAGAGAUUCAGAGAAAGAGAGAAGAGAUUCAGAGAAAGAGAGAAGAGAUUCAGAGAAA